AGAUCAUUGUCCGCCGUGGCCAAUGGGAACGCGACAAAUAGACGUUUGUGUGAGGUGUGGGUUUCUGUGCAUGUGUACGUGCAAAGGUGAAUGCAUGUGGAGUGAUUGUCUCUUUUGCAUCUGCUCUGUGACGAAGGGAAGGGGGACGUCACACGCGGAGGGAGCCAAUCAGACAUUAGCUGUUUGGAUUUAUGCCAGGGUUUUUAGGCUUGUAAGACUUUAGUACUAGUGGCAAAAGUUUUUUUUUUGAAAGAAAAAGCCAACCGAGACGAGAUGCCCUACACACCGUCUGGCUUUUUCUGCGACCGGCUGAUCCGGGAACGAGAGAGGAAGGACGGGGAAGGUUCCCUGAACAAGCCGCUCCGCUUCAACAGCCAGGACUACAGCGUCCUGAGACAGGAGUGCAUUCAGAGGAAGAACCCGUUCGAGGAUGAGUCCUUCCCGGCCACCGUGGAGUCCCUGGGCUUCAAAGAGCUCGGGCACAAGUCCAACAAGGUCAAGAACAUCGUCUGGAAGAGGCCCAAGGAAAUCUGUGAGAACCCUCAGUUCAUUGUCGGAGGCGCCAGCAGGACGGACAUCUGCCAGGGAGAUCUGGGUGACUGCUGGUUGCUGGCGGCCAUCGCCUCUCUCACCCUGAACGAGAAGCUUCUGUACCGAGUUGUUCCCGCGGAGCAAAGCUUCUCUGAGGGCUACGCCGGCAUCUUCCACUUCCAGUUCUGGCGCUAUGGCGACUGGGUCGAUGUGGUCAUUGACGACCGCAUCCCGACCUUCAACAACCAGCUCGUCUUCACCAAGUCGGCCGAGAGGAACGAGUUCUGGAGCGCGCUGCUGGAGAAGGCCUACGCCAAGCUUCACGGCUCCUACGAGGCCCUGAAGGGUGGAAACACCACCGAGGCCAUGGAGGACUUCACCGGGGGAGUCACAGAGUUCUACGAGAUGAAGGAAGCUCCUAAAGAGCUCUACAAGAUCAUGAAGAAAGCUCUGGAGAGAGGCUCCCUGAUGGGCUGCUCCAUCGAUUCCCUGGUUCCUGCUCGCUUCGAGACUCGGACUGUGACGGGACUUGUGAAAGGUCACGCCUACUCUGUCACGGCGGUGGAGGAGUGUAAAUCGUCUCAGCACAAGGACUCUAAGGUCCGUCUGGUGCGUCUCAGGAACCCCUGGGGCCAAGUGGAGUGGAACGGCCCCUGGAGCGACAACUCUAAGGAGUGGGCCACGCUGUCUAAGACUGAGAAGGAGAAGCUGCAGCACCAGAGCGCCGAGGAUGGAGAGUUCUGGAUGUCAUUCGAGGAUUUCAAGAAGAACUACACCAAGAUUGAGAUCUGCAACCUCACCCCCAACGCCCUGGAGGACGAUAAGAUCCACAAGUGGACGGUUUCUGUGAACGAGGGCCGCUGGGUGAGAGGCUGCUCCGCCGGAGGCUGCAGGAACUAUCCAGACACUUUCUGGACCAACCCUCAGUACCGCCUGCGUCUGCUGGAGGAGGACGACGACCCCGAGGACAACGAGGUGGGCUGCACCUUCGUGGUGGCUCUGAUGCAGAAGAACAGGCGGAAAGAGCGAAAGAUGGGCGCCAACCUCUUCACCAUCGGAUUCGCCAUUUAUGAGGUGCCUAAGGAGAUGCAUGGCAACAAGCAGCACAUGCAGAAGGACUUCUUCCUCUUCAACUCCUCCAAGGCGCGCUGCAAGUCCUACAUCAACCUGCGCGAGGUGACCCAGCGCUUCCGCCUGACUCCCGGGGAGUACGUCAUCGUGCCCUCCACCUACGAGCCGCACCAGGAGGGCGAGUUCAUCCUGCGGGUCUUCUCCGAGAAGAAGAACACCUCAGAGGAGAUAGAGAACAGGAUCGAGGCGGACCAUCCAGUGCCGGCACCGGCCUCGGCGGGGGAGGAGAGCGAGGAGGAUCAGCAGUUCCGGACUAUUUUUCAGGAGAUAGCUGGAGAUGACAUGGAAAUAACCGCCAACGAACUGAAAAACGUUCUCAACAAAGUGAUCACCAAACAUAAGGACCUGAACACGGAGGGCUUCAGCCUGGAGAGCUGCAGGAGCAUGAUUGCUCUGAUGGACAUGGACGGGACCAGUCGACUCAACCUGCAGGAGUUCAGACAUCUGUGGAAUAAGAUCAAACAGUGGCAGGGAAUCUUUAAACAUUACAACGCGGAUCAGACCGGCAGCAUCAACAGCUACGAGAUGAGGAACGCCGUCAACGACGCAGGCUUCCGUCUCAACAACCAGCUGUACGACAUCAUCACCAUGCGCUACGCCAACGAGAGCAUGAACAUCGACUUCGACAGCUUCAUCAGCUGCCUGGUGCGGCUCGAGGCCAUGUUCAGGGCGUUUCAGGCCUUUGACCAGGACGGAGAUGGGACCAUCAGACUCAGUGUGCUGGAGUGGCUCCAGUUGACCAUGUACGCCUAGAAAGGCCUCUCCUCUCCCAGGUGAGCUCCACUCCACACGAGGACCAGACCUGCCUUUACCUCAACACUCAGUGUUCCCCCCCGACGGCCGUCAGCUCUCAUCCACCUCACCUCCUCCACCUCCUCCACCUCCUCCUCCCGGCUCCUCCGCUCUCUCUCUCUCUCUCUCCGAGGUUUCACCUUUUCCACUUCUCUCUCUCGACAGUAGGUCUCGGGCCUGUUCACAUCGUCCUCUAUCAUCAGGAUCCCAGUCUCCUUUCAGUCACUCACUUUGUUUUUUCUGGGCUUUUUAAGAUUUUGGAUUUCUUUCUUUCUUUCUUUUUUUUUUUUCAUACUCAACCUUACUUUGUACCGUACAUUUCUCAGGCAUCAAACACACACAACCUCCUUUUUUUUCUGUCACGAUACCUCACAGUGGCUCUGCCCGUGAAGCAUCUCUGUGCUGGUUAACUGUUCAUACCCCCCACCCCCCCACCCCACCCUCCCCUCCGUGUGGUCAAACUGAGCAGCGCAGGCGUUUUUUUCCCUGGUGGACAUUGAAUAAACUUGUGAAUCACCCCGACACAACAUUUCUCCAGGAGAUCUGUGGGCCUCGCGAGAACCGACAUCUCUCUGCCCUCACUCUGUUUUUCACUCACUUAUCUUUGUCAAUAAAAUAAUACACCUGGAUCGUUGGCCUUGAGUAGCACGUCAGUACGUUUCACCCUCACUGGUGCCACAUCCUGGGUACGAGCCCCCCCCACACAGUGUCCAGUCCACCUGUCGUUCAGCUCCGCACGUGGACGGAUGAGACUCAAGAACAACAAUGUGGAGCUGACACGUUGUUUUAUCAUACAAGGGUCAAAUAUGGAUUUGAAAGAUUACGGCUAAGGGGUUGGACUGCAGCUUUUUGUGAUUUUUAUUAUUAAGUAUUAAGGCUUUGGUCUAAUGAGUGUACUGCAUUUUUAACCAUCUUAAUCUAAUAAAUAAAUAAAUGUGUAGUUAUUGGUUUGACUGUCACCGAA